AUGGUGUCGAACAAGCCAGCGAGCCAGGAUUUCUCCCGCGAUAGCAAGAAGAAGCCCUCGAUGAUGUCGGCCAAGCGGCCGGUGGGGCGGUUCCGGCAGGUGGUGGAUGUGCCCAAGAACCAGACGCGCGAUCCGCGCUUCGACAGCCUCUCGGGCAACUUCAACGAGGACCUGUUUGAGAAGUCGUACGCGUUCCUGGACGCCCAGCGCAACGAGGAGCUGGAGUCGCUGAAGCAGCAGGUGCGCAAGCUGCGCAAUUCCGACCCCAACGAGGCCGAGCGGAUCCAGAAGCUAGUGAACUCGAUGCAGUCGCGCGAGGCAUCCAAGAAGCAGCGCAAGCAUAUGCAGGAGCUCAAGCGCACGCACAGGAAGAAGGAGAUGGAGGCUGCCAAGCAGGGCAAGAUGCCGUACUUCCUAAAGAAGCGCGAUCUGAAGAACCUGGAGGUUGCCGAGAAGUUCUCCAAGCUCAAGGACUCGGCCAAGCUCGACAGGUUUUUGGAGAAGCGGCGAAAGAGGAAUGCCACCAAGGAGCAUCGCCAUAUGCCGUACCAGCGCCGCGAGGAGUAG